UUUGGCGCGGUACCUGGCAUCGCCUUUGCUUAGGUAAGUCUUGCUUUCUUUUCCUCCUUUAUUUAUUAUAAACAAACGAAAGUCAUCAGAAUCAGAUACUUGCUCAUCCACACCAUUCAAUUCUCUCCACCCUACCCAGAAACUCCAUCAAACCAAACUGACUUGUACUUGUCACUUUCUUCUCACACACCCUUAAAUAAGACAGAUAGAUACCCAUAUCAAUUUCCCUCCAUUCCAACCAUCGCAAUUAUUGCAUUUAUUUUUCCCUUCAAUUCCAGAUCCCUUUUAACCACAUUACGCUCACUCUCAUCUUGCGCUCUCUUUCUAUGGACCUUCCGCCUCUCAGGAAGUGUCUCCAAUUCUCCCGAAGAAACAAAAAUCACAUUCUCCUAAUAGCCUUCUUCGCUGCCUCCGGUUACGGUGCCUACAAAGCCUACAAUUCCCCUUAUGUCGCUCGCAAACGACGCCGUCUCGCCAACCUCCUCCGAGCCUUCGUUUCCGUCGCCCAAUUAAUAUCCAAUUCCGCUGACACCCUCGCCGUUAUCUCCAACGACCUAAGCCGUUUUCUCGCUUCUGAUUCAGAUCAAAUCCCUAACAGUUUGAAGCAGCUAUCGAAAAUCGCAGCGUCCAAGGAGUUCUCAUCGUCGCUCGCUAGGGUUUCCGAGGCUGUCACCAUCGGGAUUUUGCUAGGGUUUAGUAAAUCACAGGCGGGUAACGAUAAUGACUGUCAUACUCCCUUCGAUAUUACCGUGGAUAGGGUGCUGGAGAAGCUUUUCUCCAAGGCUGGGACGGGUUUUGCGUCCGUUGUGGUUGGGAGCUUCGCGAAGAAUUUGGUUUUGGGGUUCUUUGAUGGUGAUAAGGAAAAUGCGAGGUCUCAAUCGGAUGUUCCUCGAUGGGUGAAUGUGAUUUGCGAUGAGAGGUGUGGGAGGGCUAUAGGGGACUGGGUGCAAAUUUUUGUGAGCACUGCGGUUGCUGUUUUUCUUGACAAGACUAUGGAUGUUAAUACCUAUGAUGAAAUGUUUGCCGGGAUGUCCAAUCCGAGGCACCAGGAGAAGGUGAAGGGGAUUUUGGUUGCUAUGUGUAAUGGUGCUGUUGAGACUUUUGUUAGAACUUCUCAUCAGGUUUUGACGAACCCAAGUGUGAGGUCGAAUUCGGGUUUGUCUGUGUCCUCUGUUGUUGUUCCUGAAGAUGGGUGUGUGAAACCGGAGGCGUUUCUGCGGCAAUUCAGGGUUGGGAGCUCGGUUGGUGGGGUUCAGGAUUAUGGAUGGAUUGAACAGAUUAAGUCAACGCUGUCGGUGCCGGCGAACCGGAGAUUCAUGCUUGAUGUCACCGGGAGAGUCACAUUUGAAACGGUGAGGUCGUUCGUGGUGUUUUUGUUGUGGAGAAUAUCUGAUGGAUGUAAGAGGAGUGUUAGUAAGGUUCAUGAUGAGGUUGUGGACAAAGGAAUGGAGGUGGUUAGAUAUGUUGGAGCUAAGUCAUCGGUCAUUCUUACCUUGUGUCUUGCUUUGUAUUUGCAUAUUGUGGGUGGUAGUAGGAUUCUCUUGCCUGCUUAGUGUGAUAUUUGAUCUAACCCCAGAAUUGUAAUGCAGUUGGAAUAUAAUGGCAGUAAAAUUAGAUCCUUUACUUAUCCUAUAUAUAUUUCCAAGUAUUAAAUUUGAAAA